AUGGCGUUUAUGGGCCUGACGGGCAACCGUCGCGAGCUGCGACCGAAUGCGCGGCAUGCAUUUACCGGACUUCUGGUUUUGUUUAGUAUCCUCGUGCCCCCGCUCGCUGUUGCGAUGCGCUUCGGAAUUGGCAUGGACUUUUUUGUGAACGUCAUUUUGACCAUCCUGGGGUACAUUCCGGGGCACUUGCACAACUUCUUUAUCCAGCGCGUACGCGAUAACUCGAACAAGCAGCGCACUCCGUCGUGGCUGCUCAAGUACGGGCUGGUAGUCAACCCCCGCAACACGCGCGGAAACACGACCAAGUGGGCGGACCGCUAUCUGUACGUCCCGGAGCUCGUGCAGCACGACGAGGAGGGUCGUGCCUACUACCUGAACCCCGAGACGGACGAGUUUGAUGCGCCGGCUGCGCCGCGCUUUGGGCCGCGCGUGCCGGAGGAGGAGGAAGAGGUCGUGCAAAACGGCAGCGAGCUCAUCGAGCCCGAUCGCUACUUUGCGUCGAAAAAGCCCUCGUCGUACUACAACCAGGACGUCCCGACGGCCGCAGGAAGCAGCGACGCAUGGCAUGCACCGCCCAAGUCGUUCAAAGCGCGCACGCUCAAGCUGUUCGGCGGGGGCGCGAGCAGCGCGCCGUCGAUGGACCGCCAUUCGCGCAUCGAUCACGCGAUGGGCGACCCGGUGCACCAGCGCCGCAACAACAUCGGGUACCAUACGUACGACGACCAGGAGGAAUCGGUCGACGAGCCCUACACGCGCCCCAACACUAAGCAAUCUACCGCGCCGACGGACACACUCGACGAGCUCGACCGCGAGCUGAUGGGCCUCUCGACGCAGGAGCAGAUGCCGCCGGUGCGUGCGAGCCGCCAGGCGGGCUCGGGCGCGUACAAACCCCGCGCGCGUGCGCCGCCCCCCGCCGAGGAGCGUAGCAGCGCGGCACGGACCGAGGCCCCGGUGCGCGACGUGAUGGAGUUCGAGCACACCUUUUAG